AGCGGAACCAACAUGGCGGACUUUACAGAAUUCGAUCUCGAAAAGCUUCGAGCUGAGUUACAACAAGAAAGACAGAUGAAGGAAAUGCUUGAUCAGUCUUCUGCGGAACUGAAAGCAACAAUUGAUGAACUGGAGAAGCGAUAUGACACAAUUGAAAAUGAAGCUCGAAAUACCCCCUUACUUCCAGCUAAUGAAUUGAUACAGAAACUUCGUGAUGAUCCAGAGGGGAAUGAGUGGAAGACACGGUUUGAGACACAGACAGAGAUGAAUCAACAACUGGAGAAACAAAUUGUCAUGUUGCAGGAUAAGGUAGAGGAGGCGAGGAAGAACUUAAGAGAAGCUGGUAAAACUCCAAGGGACAAUCGCUCUUUUGAUGAUUUGUCUGAUGCAAACCCUCAGAUGGUGAAAUCGCUUGAAAGAGAGAAGAACAGCCUGCACAGUCAGCUCAGAGACUUGGAGUGGAGACUUGACCAAGAAUCCAAGGCCUACCACAAAGCCAAUGAUGAGAGGAAACAGUACGUCCUGGAGAUCAACGCUACCAAGGGCAACAUCGGAGAGCUCAAGUCCAAGCAGCGACAAAUGAUGCACGCGUCACAGGAGUCCCCGCAUCGCAUGAACACACACCGAGAGUCACCUACGCGCCACCACCCCCAGCAAGACACCCCGCAGUCGAAUCGUGAUUAUAACACGGAAAGUCCUCGAUCUAACAGAGACAUGGGAGGAAACAUUCCGGAAGACCAGAGAAUUCUCGACCCUCGGUACGGUCCCAUCCGAAAAACAGCAGGAGUGAAGGCCCUGCCGAGUCUGGACAUGGUCUAACAUCACAUUGAUCGGUGCUGAAUGUGGGGAGGAAGGAGGAAGUCUGAUACAGUAUGUUCACAGGGGAUGUUGUCUCAGGGCCUAUGAAGUCUCAUGGAAGCUGGCGAAAUUAUUGCACAACAGCAACUUAUUGUACCGUACUUAUAUACAGAGAAAAUACAUAGUACUUUGGGGGGUUGCACAUCACGGAGGAUACUAAUUUUAUAAUCCCUCAACCCCCUCCUGCCUGCCAAGACAAAAAAAUUGUUCAAAGAAUUAAGAAACAUCUGCACUUCUUGAAAUAUGCAGCCGUAGCAAGACAAUGAACAUUUGAUUUCAAACAGCAGCCUCCUGACCAAGACGAUAUUGAGUAGAGAACCAGAUGUAACCCCAAAGCAAAAAGAAAAUCAAAAUGAGUAUGGCAAAAACUGGGUUCAUGAAGUACAUUGUUAUACGGUGUCAGCAAAAAUGUUGAAUUUCUUAGACCAAAGUUUUCCACACACACCACAAAGCUGUCCAGGAUGGGGGUACACAACGGAUCAAAAUAUCAGUAACCAACUACUGUAUAUCGUCACAUCUAGGACACAACUUUUUACCUGAAAAUCAGGUAAUCAAAGUCUCCAUGCAUGUAAUCCAUAGAUAUGAAAUUUGACAGGCUGUUGUUUGGUGCACUGCAGAUUUAGAUCUAAAUUGGUGAUUUAACUAGACCCUGUUGG